AGGAGGAGAGAGAGAGAGAGGGGACACACGCCUCGCGCCGCCCGGGUAGCUUGUGCUCUCGCUCUCCUGAUCCUGCGAGCUCUUUCGUGUGUGCGUGUGUGUGUUCGUGUCCGUGCGGGUCAGAGUUCUCUCGGGUCGGCGUGGAUAUUGCUGCUUGAUUGAGCAAGUGUUUCACGAUAACAGAGAACAAUAUAUUUCGCUUUUAGUGUAAGAGAGUGAAGCAUUGUGACGAUAUUAUUAGUGUGCAAUCACCGUGGACAACUGGCACUGGAUGUCUGCUCUAUAGAAUCUUGAAGACUACAUUCUACACUAAGCCUAACGUGGACGCGUCUGAUGGGCCACCGCGAGCGGCGGCGGCGGUGAUGUGGCGCCAGCGGGGCGGGGCCGUCACCCCCGAGCGCCCCCCCUCCCGCGACCCGCUCACGCCCUUGCAGGCGGGGGCGGACACCACGUGCAUGGGGGCGGCGUCGCGACCACACCGAACGCACAGCGGAGCGCACCUGUCGCCCACCUCCCCCGGCGGUCCGUGGGCCCCGGCGUCGCCCGCCUCGUGGACCCCGAGCCUCCCAGGGGAGCCCCUGGACGUGCGACUGCUCGCCGGGGGCUCCUCGCACGCCGGCUCGUCCGCGCCGCCGCCCCCCGAGGACCCCGGCCCCCCCUGCCUCGGAGACGACGACCCGCGCCGAGCCUGCUCCUGCGCGCAGUGCGCCACGCCGAGGGUGUCACGGAUGGGGGAAGAUGCAGCGCCUUCGGAACACAGAUCAGUCAGUCAGAAAACCUCCCUUGACCUCACAUACUCACGACCUCUGCCUCAUGUCGAAGCUCCAGAUCAUGAGAGUGGCGAGAACGGCUUCCUCUCGCCUGGCAGCCUCCGGAACUCCCUCGCCGACGACACCUGCUCGGAGAUCCUGCGGGUGGAGCAGCGGGACGCCGAGGAGCAGCUCAACCGGAAGUCGUCGCCGCUCUCCAAGCUCGUCGCCACACUACAGCGGAUACGUUCCUGGACCACACGCGAGAACCGCCAGGAACCAGAACGGCCAGACAGCUUUCUGGAGAAAAUGGCCAUGGCAGGCCAAGUCAGGGAAGCGGACGACACUCAGCACGCCUUCUGCUGUGGUGUCAUGAGGGGGGACUUCGCCAUCGACACCACCAAGCCAGCUCACUAUAAGUGGUUAUUCGUCAUGACGGCGGCUCUCCUGUACAACUGGGUGAUGAUCGUAGGACGAGCUGUUUUCUGGGAGUUACAUAACCUCAGCCCGGCUCUUUGGCUCAGUCUGGACUACAUCUGUGACGGAGUGUAUGUUAUCGAUAUGGUUAUCAGAGCUCAUGAAGGAUAUCUCGAACAAGGCUUGAUGGUCAAAGAUCCGAGCAAGCUACGCAAGAACUACAUCAAGUCGUGGGGAUUCAAGCUUGACCUGAUAUCCAUCUUGCCCACUGACCUCGUCUAUCUCCUCACCGGCACUAACUGUGAUAACUACGUCCCUGGGCCUGUACUUGUGAGGGUUAAUAGGCUUCUGCGGAUAUCGCGAAUGGGCGAGUUCUUCGACAAGACGGAGACGCGCACGAACUUCCCCAAUGCCUUCAGGAUAUGUAAGGUCGUUCUCUACAUCCUCGUGAUCAUCCACUGGAACGCCUGCUUCUACUUCGCCAUCUCCUACGCCAUUGGCUUCGGCACGGACGGCUGGGUCUACAAGAAUAUUACCAUAGGGAGGAACGGCACCUUUUCACAUCAGUAUAUAUAUAGCUUCUACUGGUCGACGCUCACCCUGACGACCAUCGGCGAGACCCCGCAGCCGGAGAAGGACAUCGAGUACCUCUUCGUGGUGGUAGACUUCCUGGUGGGCGUCCUGAUCUUCGCCACCAUCGUCGGCAACGUCGGCUCGAUGAUCACGAACAUGAACGCCGCCAGAGCCGAUUUCCAGAACCGGAUGGACGGCGUCAAACAAUACAUGGAAUUCCGCAAAGUAUCAAAGGACCUGGAGAACCGAGUGAUAAAGUGGUUCGAUUACCUGUGGAGCAACAAGCAGAGUUUAGACGAGGAAGGGGUCCUGAAGUCUUUACCAGACAAACUUAAAGCGGAAAUUGCGAUUCACGUGCAUCUUGACACGUUAAAGCAAGUGCGGAUUUUUCAAGACUGUGAGCCGGGCUUGCUUGUGGAGCUCGUUCUCAAGCUGAAACUACAGGUCUUCAGUCCGGGUGACUUCGUUUGCCGCAAGGGAGACGUCGGGAAGGAAAUGUACAUCGUGAAAAGAGGAAAGCUUUCUGUAGUGGCCGACGACGGGAAGACUGUGUACGCAACUUUAGGUGCUGGCAGCGUCUUUGGAGAGGUCUCGAUUCUGAACAUCGUCGGGAACAAGACGGGGAACAGAAGAACAGCCAAUGUCAGGAGUGUCGGUUAUUCUGACCUGUUCUGCCUCUCAAAAGAUGACCUGUGGGACGCUCUGACGGAGUAUCCUGACGCCAAGAAGUCCCUGAUGGAGCGAGGGCGUCAGCUGCUCAUGAAGGACGGGCUCCUGGACGAGGAUGCGCUGAAGGCGGCGCAGGAGCAGCAGGAGACCAUGACGGACAAGAUUAGUCGUUUUGAAACCUCCAUCGACACGCUGAACACCCGCCUGGCGAGACUGCUGGCCGAGUACUCCAGCGCUCAGCAGAAACUGAAACAGAGACUCACCAAGAUCGAGCGUCGACUGGACUUCGACUGUGACGUCACCAACCCGGCCUCUCCGCGCUUGAGUCCCUAUUUCCCGUUGUCGCCCAGGACUGGCAUGACCCCCUCGCCCUUCCCGCUGGCCGCCACCCCGAUCGCCCGACGGAAGGACGCUCUCUCCGUCGCCUCGGGCCCUCCACAGCCCUCGGACGAUGAGCCUCAGUCCCUGCCAUCCUCCACCCACCAACACCCUGCCAACCCUGCCAACCGUGCCACCACCUCGGCUUCCCACGGCAACGAGGCGACCGUGGUGGGCAAGAGCAGCCACCCCCUCCCCCAGCAGUGCUCCUCCCUCCCCCUCCCCACCCCCACGCUCCUCGUGCCUCCGUCGCCCUCUCGCAGGGACACCAUUUAACAUAAAAAAAACAAAUAAGUGAAUAAAUAAACAAAUAAACAAACGGUUAUACACGCACAAACCAGCACGCAACCAAUAAAUGAACAAACAUACGAACACACACACCAACGAACAAACACAAACAAAAGAAGCGACAUAUACAAACGUAAAAAACGAAUAAAAAAACAUAAACAAAGACACACAGAAAAAAACACAACAC